UAUACCCACUUCUCAUCACUUUCUCUAUGGCUCAAAUCUCUCCAUCAUCCACCUUAAGCACCCAAGAUCCACCGCAGCCACUUCCUCCAUCACCUUCAGCUUCUAUAGAUUUCAAUAUCAUGGUCAUCAUAGCUGCCAUGUUAUGUGCUUUGAUCUGUGCUCUAGGCCUCAACUCAAUGUUACACUGUGUAUUUCAAUGCACAAACCGUGCAAUAACUGAGACUGUGGAAUGGGUAGCCUCUCGUAGACACAACUCUGGCCUCAAUAAGAAGGAAAUAGUUGCUUUGCCAACUUCUACUUACUCUGAUGAGACUUGUUCUUCAUUACCAUCAUCGGCUUCUGCUUCAGGUUGUGUUAUUUGCUUAACAGACUUUGCAGAUGGCGACAAGCUCAGGGUGCUGCCGAAAUGCAACCAUCGGUUCCAUGUUGUGUGCAUUGAUAAGUGGCUGAUUUCCCACUCUUCCUGCCCUACCUGCCGCCUCAGGCUCAAUUCUGUGCCCUCUCUAGAUCAGAUAGUCACAUCCCUGUGAUGAAUUUUACUUGCUUAAUUAGUCUUUCUUUUACUUGUUUUCUUAAGUAAUGAGCUAUUUUUUUUUAUCAUCUUUUUUGGAGUAGAAAAUUUUCGAAGUGUUAUAAUUUAGAUAGAUUAUUAUGAUACUCAGUGAUCUUCCAUUGAUAAUUAAUCAGUUGAUAUAGCU